AUGCAAGAAGACCACAACGCAGAGUUGAUCGGGUUGCUUGGUCUCGCCAUGAUCCCCGAUGAGGGUGAGACCGCCGUCGUUGACUUUGUCGUCGAACUGUUCAAGGCUCUGGGAUAUGUUCGGCGGCAACGAUUGGCACGCACGAGAGUGGACUUCCCCUUUUUUAUUUGCGGUGAAGACAGACAUGCCAAGACAGAUGUCUGUAUUGUUGAUCGCUCUCGGAAUGAUAUCCUUCUCGUUGUCCAGGUGGACAAUAGGUUACAGAAAUCGGAACCAAUCAGUGCGCGGGCUCAGCUUGUAGCAAAAGCCGUCGCGGCUUUCAAUGAGAAUAACGCACAAAGGGAGGCUAUGGGACUUCCACCAAUGGCCAGCAAGGUCAUGCCUGGUUGGCACAUCGCCCGCAUUCUUCAAGAUUCCCGUCACGCAAACCCUGUCGGAUCAUAUUGCUCAUGGGUCCUAUCCUCCAGCGGAAACACGAGUCACUUAUUGCCAUCCACCUGUCCCUCGUCCUGCUCGUCGGCAUAG